GGGAUCCAGGUGCGCCACGACCAGCACAGCGGCUACAUGCACCACAAGUUCGCCAUCGUGGACCGCAGGAUGCUCAUCACAGGCUCCCUCAACUGGACCACCCAGGCCAUCCAGAGCAACCGCGAGAACGUGCUGGUGGUGGAGGACGCCGAGUACGUGAAGGCUUUCCAGGAGGAGUUUGAAAGGAUUUGGGAAGAGUACAAUCCUGCCAAUUACAGGUUUUUUUCUGAAAGGCAGUAAAUUAUAGAGCUGCCUCGCAGGGCUAGUGGAGCAUGGUAACACCCACAGAGUUUAUUAUUAUUAUGCAUAGACAUCAUUGUGUUGUCCAUCUGGGUGUAACUUUGGUAAAUGUCUCCAGAGAAGUGUUCUCUGCCCUAAAAUGCCACAGAUCCCUUGCUGUGGGUCAUUCCCGUGCUAGAGGGAAUGACACAAGUGUUUGAUUGUGAAGGUGACAGAGCUGCAUCCAUAGGCAUUAAAACUUUGGGCAGGCUCGUUGCUGUGCCCUGGUGCAGACCUGGUGUGUUCCUGCAGUGCUGACCGUGUGUUUCAGUGGUAAAAGGAACAUUUUCAACUUGGGAUAUGGAAUGGAAUUGUAGCCAAUUCCAAAUGGAAUUGUAGCCCAAGGGCUCCUCUACACUGAAAAGGUAGGGAGAGAUAAGAGGGCUACAGCAGAGUUAAGAGUUUCUAUAGAUUAAGUGCCUUGGUUACAUUUCUUGUUGGCAUUAAUUGUUGAAAGUUGGUAAAAGGAAAUUCCUGGGAAAUAGCAACAAUUUCGAAGUUUUGAUUAUGUACCUGUUUCUUUUGGUUAAAGCUUAUCAGAGCUCUGGUGUAAAAGAUGAGCACAGAUGGUAAUGACAGCUUCUCCCCAGCAAGGAAGUGCAGGGAGCUGUGGAAGGAAAUGAGAGAAAUGGUUCUUUGGGAUCAGGGUUUAUCUGGAGAGCAGACACGGCUGGAGCUGGGUCACCACUUCAGGUGGGCUCUGGAAAUCCCACCUGGUUCUUUCAGGUGUUGGGACGCCUGUCAUGGUCUGUGCCCUCCCCUGGCAGCACCAGCCUGGGGACAGUGAGGGGAGGGAGGUGACAUCCCUGUCCCCACAGCUCAGGGUGGAACAAAGAUGAUGUAAAAACCUCAGAAUUUCAAACUCCAAAUAGUGUCGAUGAAAGAAUUGUUUUAUACUGAAUGGAAAGUGCCUUAAUAUCUCUCAAAAUGAAAAGAGGUUUUUGUAUUCUGUUACUAUUUUUUUACCAGUAUUGCUGUGAUUGGCACUGUUAAAUAAACCAUUUUCACAGAAAACAUCAA